CAUUCUUUCUCAUUUUUAAAUGUAGUCAAAAACUUGCAAAAUAAAACAUUUGCCCCAUAAAUCAAUAUUUUUCAAUCUCUGCACAUUUAAAUUUUGAACAGAUCUCCAAAAUUUACCUUAAAAAACUCCAAAACUCAUAAUCUUCUCAUUCUACAUUUCAGACUCUCCAUCCUCUGUUGGUGCACUGUUUCCUCAAGGCUCCUUUAUUAGCUCGCUCCUGCUCACGCUCAGCUUCCUCGUGCAAUGUCAAAUCAUGAUUCCCAGGUGAAGAAGAGAGAUGCCCUACUCAAAUCCGUUUCAGAGGCAGACUUUUAGCCCAACUGUGGGGAGUGCAUUCAUGAGAUAUGCUUUAGCUCCACUACCUCAGGAUCUGCCUCAGCUGCAGAGAAGCACCUGUCUGAGGUCCUAUCCUAGGCAGACCUGCCGAGCUCCCUACCAGGCUGUCAGCCGCUUCAGAAUGAAGCUGAACAUCUCUUUCCCAGCAACUGGCUGCCAGAAGCUCAUUGAAGUGGACAAUGAAUGAAAACUUCGUACCUUCUGCGAGAAGCGUAUGGCCACAGAAGUUGCUGCUGAUGCUCUGUGUGAAGAACGGAAGGGUUAUGUGUCUGAAUCAGUGGCGGGAACAAUAAGCAGGGUUUCCCCAUGAAGCAGGGUGUCUUGACCCAUGGCCAAGUUCACCUGCUACUGAGUAAGGGACAUUCCUGUUACAGACCAAGGAGGACUGGAGAAAGAAAGCGCAAAUCUGUAUGGGGUUGCAUUGUGAACGCCAAAAUGUUUUCACACACAAACACACACACAAACAGUGUGGAGUGUUUUCAAUUUGGUCAUCAUGAAAAAAGGGGAGAAGGAUAUUCCUGGACUCACUGAUACUUCAGUGCCUCAUCGCCUGGGUCCAAAAAGAGCUAGGAGAAUCCUCAAAUUUUUCAGUCUCUCUAAAGAUGAUAUCUGCCAAUAUGUUGUACGAAAGCCCAUAAACAAAGACGGUAAGAAACCUAGGACUAAAGCACCCAAGAUUCAGCAUCUCGUGACUCCACGAGUUCUGCAACACAAACACCGGCGUAUUGCUCUGAAGAAACAGCGUACUAAGAAAAACAAAGAAGAGGCUGCAGAAUAUGCUAAACUUUUGGCCAAGAGAAUGAAGGAGGCCAAAGAAAAACGGCAGGAACAGAUUGCCAAGAGACGGAGGCUGUCCUCCCUUGUAGAAGAGAGCUUCUACUUCUGAGUCCAGUCAAAACUGAGAUGUUCUAAGAGUAGCAAAUAAAUAAGAUCAGACAUCAAAAAAAAAAAAAAAAAAGAUACUAAUACUGGAUGUUAGAACCUAUAAACUAUGAUACUCAACCAGAUCCUUUCAUUUCUAUGAGUAGCUAUAUACCCCCAUUGCUUGAUAAGAUACUUAUCAAAAACUACAUGCUAGAAUGUAUAAAUGUGAGUGAAGAUCUUAUUGAAGACAAGAAAAUUAUAUUGAAGAUCUUCAUAAAUAAGAGUACAUGUGUUGUGGUUUCAGACUGUUUCUCUUCUGAUCUAUUUUCCA